AUGACUUCUGGAGGUCUCCUUGGAUUCGGUCCACGCCAUCUCAGAGUCGGUGAUCACAUUUUCGUCUUCCUUGGCAGAGAAAUCCCACAUCUUCUAAGAAAGACGGAGGCUGGGACUGAAUAUGCUUUUGUGGGAGAGUGUCAUGUUGAUGGCUUUAUGAAAGGCGAAGCGCUUCUCAAAGCUAGGAAGAUGGCAGACCCUAGCUACGAUCUUCGAGACACCGAAUGGCUGGAUCAUCUGCAUGAGGGGGAGAUACUGUUCCCGACCGAGGAGGUGGUGCUUAGAUGA